GGGAAUUAUAAAUAACAGUACUACUAUUAAUAAUAAUAAUAUUGCACAAUUACUAGUGAGAUUUGGAUAAUUAUUUCAGUUGUUGUAUUAUUUUAUUUUAUUUUUUGAAAAAUCUUGAAAACAUAAUUGUGUUUUGGUGACAACAUCUUUUGUAAAUAAUAAUAGUAAUAAUCAACAGUCAUAACAAAUCAGUCAAGAUUGGAAAUAUUACAACAUUAUAUAAAGGCUCAGUGAACUCAGGAUAAUAUGUAUAUGUAUAUCUUUUCGAAUCGAAUGAUGAUCAGAAGAGAUUUAUUGAAGUCACCGGUGUGUUCAAAGAAUGGAAGCUUUUAAUUUGCCUAUUUGAGCACAGUAUAAACGACUCAGAGUCCAGUCACGCACACACACACACACAUACAAACAUUUAAAUGACAAUGAAACUGACGAGGAAUUCAUUUUGUCACAGAUUUUUUGAAAAAGUGACUUUAUCAUCAAGAUUAUGAGGCAUAUUUGGCAUAACAGGAAUAGUAGUAAUAUAAAAAGUAUAAAAAGUUUUCACAUAUCAUUGUCGAAGCUACUAUCAGAAUGUUUUUUAUUAAAAUUAUGCUGAUAAAAUGUCGUUGGUGUCAUCAAUUAAUCAAUUGGAAAACAACAACAACAAUUAUUAUCAGUUAUUUUAAAUGGAUUAUAUGCAUGGAGUUAUUAUUGAUUUUAUUAAAUUUAAACAAAGCUGAUACAAACCAACCAGUAAUUAAUACUACACAGAAUAAAAAUCAAUAUUUUAGUAAUGAUUUAUAUCAAUAUUACUACUCGAAUGUGUCUUUCAAUAAUCAGAAAAGAAAUUUAUCACAAUUUGAAUUAUUUAGCCUAAUCAAUAAUACAAAUCAAUCAGUUAUACGCGUGAAAAUAAAUCCUAUUGAAGACAUUGAAAUGUCAAAACCGCGAAGAAUUGAACGUCGUAGUCAUCCAGUGAAAUCUCCACCGCCUGAAGAAGUAUCCACUCCAGAUUAUACACAUCCUUAUCAAGAUGAGAAAUGUGCUGAAUUUAUUCAAUCAACAGAGAUAAAAUAUGUUAAAGAUCCAUCAAUGCUGGGUGGAUUUUUUGGUAUGUCUGGUUUACCGAAACGUUCAGUGGAGUAUAGUUUUCAAACACCAAACUAUCCAGCGCCUUAUCCAUUGGACAUUGAAUGUAUUAAAGUAAUUGCUGCCCCAACAGAUCAACAUCGUAUUAUUCUGCAUUUCCGUGGAACUUUCGAGCUCGAACCUGAAUCACAUUGUACAACAGACUUUUUAGAAAUACGUGAUGGUGCAUUCGGUUUUACCACGCUGUUGGGAAGAUUUUGCUCAAAACAAGUACCAGAUUUAGGCGCUGGCUUGAUAUCAAGUGGUCAGUAUAUGUGGUUAAGAUUUCGUAGUGAUUCAACGAUUGCACACAGGGGAUUUCAAGCUGUUUAUCGAUUUAUUCAAGCAGGUUCACGAAAAUCAACAGACAGUGUUUCCCAUAUACAAUUUCAGUUAAAUUUACAACCUGGUCAAACCUGGGAUUUAACUCAACAAUAUAUAUUAGCAAAAAUUAAAAAGCUACCCUCUGAAUUACAACAUCUCCCGCUAGAGCUGGCUUUGGAUAUUCGAUCAACAAAUGGAACUUUUAUAAUGUUACAUAUUGAUCAUGUAAAAGUUCCACCGGCAGCAGCUUGGAGUUGUAAACCAGAAAAACCAUACACAAAACAACAACUUCAAAAAUGCUUAAUUGGUGAACCUAUUGUUUUUGGUCCAGGGAAAAACGAAGAGAACAGAGUAGAUGGUGGAGAAUCAGGUCUUGACAAGUUGUCUCUACAAGAUCCUGCUUCAAUUGUUGACGGAAAGCAUACAUUCUUUGAAGUGUACAGUGGGAAAACUAUAUCCCAGUUUGUACCACCAUGUCCAAAAGUUACACGAUUCUGUGAUAAAGUUGUUGACACAGUAAAGCUAAUCAAUAAUCAUGGACACGCUCGAGAUAUUGUCAUCUAUCAUCCACGUCUUAUUAUUCGUAUGGUAAUAGCAUCACCACAAAUGAAACCAGACCUGUUAGAGAAUAUUAAAACACGUCGUGAAGCAUCACAAUUCCAUGGAAAUUCAAGUAAUACCUCAUUACAGAAAACACUGAAUACUCGUCAAAAACGUGGAAAAUUUCCAGGUAGUGAGAACAGUAUAAUAAAUACGAAUGCAACUGGUACUAGUAAUAUUGGUCAUCCAGAUAAAAUUGAAGAAUAUAUGCCUGAAUUUGAUUUUGUACUAACAAGUUUAAAAAGGAAACCAAAAGGUGUCCAAUCGUGUGACGAAGACUGGGAACCAUGUGAUUCAGAAGUGUGUAUACCGAAGACAUCUUGGUGUGAUAAAGUAAUCAAUUGUCCACAGUGGCAAGAUGAAGGAGCUCACUGCAAAGAAGAAGAUCCUGAUGCACUUGGUCCAGAUGGUCGACCAUUACAUGAUUCUGGUAAAAGUAGUUAUGAAUUACGGAAAGAACAAGAACAUCUUGAAGCUGAAACUGAACGUCUCGCAGCACAAACAUUACAUCUUUCGAUAUUGGCUAGUUUAGGCUUAUUAUUACUCAUAGUUACAUCAACAUGUAUCAUUAUGACAUUCCGUCGACGACGUCGUGAACAAGGUAGACAAAUGACAAAAUUCACUGAAGAAACGGUUCAACCAUCUUUAAAAUUAAAUCAUAGAAGAGUUCAACGAUUAAAUCAUGUUAUGUCGACUGGUGCACUUCUUGAAGCUGAUCCAUACUUGAAAACACAAAAUAAUAUUACUACUACUAAUAAUAAUAACAAUAAUAAUAAACUUAGACCAAUGUUCUCAUUAUCAAAUUCAAGUUUAACACAAGAUAAUCAAUGUUCAACAGAUGUUGUAAAGCAUGAGCUUAAAAAACCAAUUAAAACAUCUAGUAGUCGUAAUACAAAUGUAUGGAAUAGUACAGAUAGUAUGAAUGCACCAUUACUAUGGCAACGUAAACAUGGUGAUGAGACGAAAUCAUCAACCAAUCAAAUUUCAUAUCAUAAGAAUGACCUUAAAACAUCGCUACAAAAUAGAUUUAGUAAAACAACACCAACACCUCCAACAACAACUACAACUAUAUCAGAUAAAUUAGUACAGAAAAAGAAUAUUACUGAUCCUUUAUUAAUAAGCUAUAAUAAUAAUAAUAUUAAUAAUGAUAAUAUUAAUUCUAAUAGUAGAAAAUAUUUAGGUAAAUUUAAAUCAUUUCAAAUUUCAACAGAACACGAAAUCUUUGAGUGUAUUCCAUCUCAAUGUGUUAGCAAUGCAAUCACUUCGAUUACAACACUUACCACGAGUACAGGUACGCCUAGUGCCGUAGGUGGUGGUGGUGGUGGUAGAACUAGUAGUCAUGCAAAUCAUCUACCGUCGAGUAUGAUGAUUAGUCCAUUGAAAGGUACAACUAAUAUUCUACGAGGUAAACCGAUACACUCAUCUUCAUCACCAGGUGAAAUGUCGACAGUACCAGGCAUACAUGUAUCACAUCAAAUUUCUUUAGGUGAACAAGGUGGUAUACAAAAACGACAGCCGUCAGAACACCACCACCAACAACAACAACAAACCCGACGAAUUGGAAAUAAAAUAGGAUCACAAUCUGUUAUGUCAAGUCCAAAAAAUCGUGGAAAUUGGGUAGCCACUAGUACACUGAAUAAAUUUGAUCAAAAUUCCCCAACAAGUGGGACAACUAAAACAGAUCAUGAUGCAACUCAUCAACGAUUUUAUAUAGAUCCAUCAAGUCCAAUGAUUAUGCCUCGAAAUAAACUAAUCAAUCGUACUCAAUCAUGGGGUGGAGGAUUACGUUAUGAGCAUGCUAAUCUAGAAGACAUUUGUUGCGGUGAUGAUGAUGAUGAUGAUGACGGUGAAGAACAUCGUCGUCGGUGUCACUCACCCCGACAGUCAAUUCUACACAUUUUAUCCGAUUCACAUUCGAAUAGGCGACAAUAUCUGCAUGCAAUGAAACCUACAAUACCUUCUGCCAUACCAAAUGUUAUUUAUACUCUGUGAGUAAUAGUCAUGACCAGUUGAAUCGGAUUAAAAGAUCAGCUACCUAUGUGAGUAUGCCUGAUGUUAAUGGACAUCGACAUUUGUCAAGACAUAAACACAAAGAUUAUCAUCAUUGGAUGACUACACAUACUACUACUAAUACUACUACUAAUAAUAAUAUCAGUAAUAAUCUCAUCCAUACAACUUCAACUAUAACUUCUCGGGUGUCUGACAGUCUACCAUCUAAUAAUUCUGGAAUAACAAUUGGAUUUAUAGGUAUUGCUGCACAACCUACACCAUUACGUGGUAGAGAUUUUAAACCACCACAGGCGAAACGUCCACGUAUUAUUGACACAUCAAAAAUGCCUUCAGUAUCACAGACUAGGCCUAUUUCCCCUUCAUCUUGUUCAACAAUCACCGCGACAACCACUGAUCAUAGUGGUGAUAAUAAUGAUGAUAGUAUUAACAGUAGUGGGGAAGGUCAUCAUUCACAGAUAUUUUUAAAUCCUGCCUAUCGUCAUUACCAUCUACAUCAACCACAUCCCCUUCAUCACCAUCAUCUGAUGCUUUAUCGAUCGAAUGGAUUGCAUAAUAAUAAUAAUAGUGAUAAUGAUAAUAAUAAUAAUAGUAAUAAUGAUAACAGCGGCGAGAAACCGGUCAACAAACGAAUGACUACUUCCAUUCAGCAUUCUGCUAAUUUAACCCCAACUGCUGACCACCUACAUAUGGUUUGUCAUAAGGGAAGUGGUAGUGAUGAUAAUAACAAUAAUAAUAAUAAUAGCAAUGAGCAUGAAGUGAGCAGCACUCAAAGUGGUGACGAACAAGGAAUGACACGAAGAAGGCGAAGAAGCAGUAAAGAACAUUCAUACGUUAAAGAAGAAAGACAACGAGGUGACGAUGUAGAAGGUGAGGAGGAGGCUGAAGAGGAGGAAACUCUUUCACAAACAAAUUCAAAUGAUGAAAAUUCUGACCUCAUUCAACCAGAAGAUGAUGAUGAUGAUGAUAUGGAUGUGGAUGACUCAGAGAAAUUUUCACCAGAAAUAAAUUCAACAUCUCUAUCAGAAACAGAAACCUCAUCCGCAUCCCCAUCCCCAUCGCCAUCAGCAUCACCGUCAUCAACAUCAACAUCACAAAGACAUUUCAUACCAUCCACUCCGAUACUCCACGAUGAAACAAUUAAAGUCACUGUAUAUCCAUAUGAACCACAGCAUGGAAUACGUUCAGCAAUUAGUCAAACAUCCUACAGACCACAAUCAUCACAAAAACACUCAUCACCUCUACCAUCUUCCUCUCCACGACAUCAUCUUCACCAUCAUGAUCAUCAUCAUAAACAAUUUGUCAAUUCCUCAAGAAGUAGUCAAUCACAAAUACGUUCAGAUGAACAAACUAUGCCUAAAAUGUCGACAACAGAUGUUAUUUAUGAAUAUGAAGCCUAAAUACAAGUGCCUGGCAUAUAUAUAUAUAUAUUUAGAUAGACAUAUAUUCGUUUAUAUGUAUAUACAUAUAUAUAUGCAUAUUCAAUGUAUCUAUUAGAGCAUUACCAUCACACCAACACUAUUUAUACCUAUUGAAACAUUUAACAAAAAACAUUCUGUAUAUGGCGGGCUCAUUUUUUUCUCUGCCUUAGUUUGCCUUAGUUCUAGGAGAAUAACAUUACUUUUAAUAAUAAUGAUGCUAGUAACUGUAAUCAUAGCGACAAUUGGUGUGAUGUCUAAAAUUGCCCUCACUCCAAAGAUCUUUUAAAACUGCAUACAUUACUGACAAGUUGUAUGCGCACUCCUCAUUUCGGAUAAGUAGCCUCCCCCUCCUCCUUAUUCUUCUUCUUCUUCUUCUUCUUCUUCUUCUAAAGGUGAUCGCUUUUAUUCCUAUUUCUCUUGUUUUGUUUAAUUAGGUAUUUUUCUUAUUAUUGCUGUUCCGUUGUUGUUCAAACCUCGUAGGUUAGAAGUAGAGGUGCAAAUGCGCUUUUUAUUAAAAAAAAAACAGGCAACCAAACAAACCGAAAUACCAUUGAACUAGAUCUACUUGUCAUUUACAGUAAUUCCGCCCCUCCCGUCCAGCCCUCUCUUCCAACAUACACACACACACACAUACACACACAAACGCACUCAUGCUUCCUGACCCUGUUUCAUUUCUAUACACCCCCCCCAGUUACUUUUUAUAUAACCUCUAUACUCUAUGCGUAUACUGAUUGAAACAAAUCGAUACAAAAAGAAGGAAAUAUUCCAUAAUGACCUUGAAGAAGACAAUACCUAUAUACACAUUUAAACAAAGCCAUUUUUAAACCCAAACCAUUUUUCAAAAUAAGAUAAAAUUUUCAACAAUCCUGGUGAUAACAUUUUCCCCUUUUGUUUUUCUUCUUAAAUAUAGUUGCUAGUUUUCUUUUUUUUUAAGAAUAAGAUGAACAAGCUAGGAGAUGUGAAAACAAAACAUGUUUGUUUAAAUGCAUUAAGUAGAAGCCAUCUGUGACCUUGAAAUCAGCUAGUCGCGCGUCAAAUAAACAAUCGAUUAAUCAUUUAAUUAAUUAAUCAUCUUUCUAGGUUAUAUAUGUAUAUUCAAGAAGACGUGUAUAAAAAAAGAGUUUGGCUGUCAACAAAUUAAAGUUAUAUAGCUUAGAAUUAAUUGUACAAUAUUCUUGACAUGUUUUGCAUCAGUUUUAUUGGCAACGGUGUUGGGCAUGUUUGAUUUCUUCUCUAAAUUUUACUUUUUCUUUCUUCCUUCUCUACUUUUUUUCUCUCGCUGUGUGUGCGUAUGUGUGUGUGUGUGUGACUAGAUUUUUAAAAUUCACCGCUUUAUUUCUCUUCCAAGUUUGUUUUUUUGUUUCUAAAUCUGACUUAAAAAUGACUUAAAUGAUUUUAUCCACAUUUAACAUUUUAUUUCCCUACUGUAUACACACACACACACACACACAUAGAAUCCUACCAAAUUUUACAUUUUUCCCACAUAUAUAUAUAUAUAUAUACGUACUAAAACAAACCUUAGAUGUAAUUACAACAAAAUAAAGAAUUGGGAAUAUCAGUAGAUGGUGGUAAAGUUGAAGAACAUGAAGAGAUGAGGAAUUUCAGGAACUUUUAUCUUCCCACUGAGUGGAAGGAAGAUUAUAUAUAUAUAAACAUACAUAUAUUUGAUUUGAGAUAGUAACGAAUUGUAUUCUGCUUCUCUUUUGUUCUAAUUUAUCACCGAAUGACUGGUUUCAACGUAUAACUUUCCACAGAUGUUCAGCAUUUUGAAUUGCCACACUCCCUCCAUGUAGCACACAAAGCCCGAGGAGAGAGUGAAGACAGAUUAGAAAGAGAGAGAUAAUAAACAGAAGUGUAAGUGAGGGAAGAAGAAUAGCAGUAAUAUGGAAGAUCAAUAGAGCUCUAUUGUAUACGACAGAUCACAGAGAUGGGAUGCGCUUGCGUCGGGCAUUGACAAGGAUGACUUUGAGCCAUAUCACUGAUUGUCUCCAGCCGUCAUGGGUUCUAACCAUACCGAGGACCGCAACCAGACAGUAGUUGACAUCUCCCUACGCGAUUGGCUGGCUGACUGGCUUAAACUAACUGUUAUGGAUUUCAUCGGUGACUGAUGAAGCCAUGAUUUCGUUUUGACCACCAUCACUAGCUAACUCUUUUCCAACCUGAUCCAUCCCAUGUCAGUCAGCUAAUAUUGGCUGUUGUCGAGGAAGGUGAUGCCUAGGCAUAACACAUGUGUCCUUACCAUCUCAAUCGAUCCAGCUGCUUUACACAAACUCAUCGAUCAAUUUCUCUCCUCCUUACUUGACGCACUUGACGUAUGUUUCACCAACUCAAUAAUACUCACCCUGUUACACUUACCAUCUAACACACACACACACACACACAGGAAGUUGAACACAGACAGUCAGCUAUGAUCAGAUUCCACUAGCUGGCAGGCCUUCUCAAGUCUUCCACUUUCAGUGGUCAUGUCUCACUCAAAACCAGCUAUGAAGGUGGAGGAAGUGAAUUACUGCUGUGCAGUAGAGACGUCCUUUGAUUAACAGGUAGCCGGUGAUCAUGUCUGUGUUAGAGAUGGCGUAAGUUGGCAGGAAAAUGCCAAACAAGUCUUCUGUAUCCGUAAUGAAAUUUCGUCAGCGAUCAAUCCGUUGGGGCUGGGUGAUGGAUGCAACUUCCCUUCAAAUGAGUGAAGUGGUCAACACGCUCAGCGUCCACUUCAGGAGUCAAUGUAGUCCAGUCC